UGCAUUUAUUUAUUUACUUCUGAAUUAGUUCUGCAGACACGAUAAAAUUGCAUACAAAAUGUCCGAUAAAGACAGUAAGAGUGAUAAUGAUGACUCUAAAAACACACAGACGGUCGAGAAACCUUUGGACGAAGCACAAAUCAAAGUUAACAACAUGCUAAAAGAUCGCUUACGGAAGUACAUCAAAAAGUUGGACGACACAAACACCAGCAUCACUAAGGAGGAAAGUAGAAAAAUAGAAAUAGAAACUUUCAAACAGCUAUACAAGCUGAAAAUAGAAGGAGACGAAGAGUCUUACAAGAAAAUACCUAAGUUUUACUACAAACUCCCUCGUCCCGAUGAGGUGUUGGCUCAAAAGCUAAGAGAGGAGACUCGGGCACAGUUCCUACAGAAGAAAAGUAAGGAGUUAUUGGACAACAGUGAGCUGAAGCACCUCUGGAGUCUGUUGGAGAAGUCUAACGGAAGCUACAGCACAUCUAACAAUGAUGAGCUGAUGAUAGACUACUUUCAGUUUAAAAAGAUCAGGGAUGAGGCUGGGCCCAAGUACAGGCCAUACUUCACAGCGGAAGUAUUCGGGCGGCUGCAGGCGGCGGAGGGCGGCACGGGGCGGGUGCGGGGCGUGUCGCUCUUCAACUAUGUGAUGCGGCGCGUGUGGCUGCAACAGACACGUAUCGGCCUCUCGCUCUACGACGUCACCGGGCAGGGCUACCUCACCGAGCAUGAUCUGGAGAGCUACAUCGCCGAGCUAGUCCCAUCUUUAGCAGCACUAGAUGGUCUAGACUCCUCGUUCAGCUCAUUCUAUGUGUGCACGGCGGCGCGCAAGUUCCUGUUCUUCCUGGACCCGCUGCGUGUGGGCCGCGUGAGGAUCCGGGACGUGCUGUCCUGCUCAUUCCUGGACGAUUUACUCGAAUUGCGCGAGGAAGACCUGCCGAUGGAGCUUCAGGAGCAGAACUGGUUCAGCGCCGCCUCCGCCCUGCGCGUGUACGGACAAUACCUCAACCUGGACCGCGACCACAACGGCAUGCUGUCCAUCUCCGAGCUGGCUGGCUACGGCUCCGGCACCCUGACCCGCGCGUUCCUCCAGCGCGUGUUUCAGCAGUGCCUCACCUACGACGGCGAGAUGGACUACAAGACCUACCUGGAACUAGUGCUAGCUCUUGAGAACAGGAGGCAGCCCGCCGCGCUCGCCUACCUGUUCCGCCUGCUGGACAUCAACUCGCAGGGCUACCUGGACAAGUUCACGCUCAACUACUUCUUCAAGGCCAUCCAGGAGCAGAUGGUGGCGCACGGCGCGGAGCCGGUCAACUUCGAGGACGUGAAGGACGAGAUCUUCGACAUGAUCCGCCCCGAGCACCCCUCGCGCAUCACCCUGCAAGACCUCAUCCGCAGCGGUCACGGUCACACGGCGGUGUCCAUCUUGCUGGAGCUGCACGGGUUCUGGGCCUACGAGAACCGCGAGGCGCUGGCCGCCGCGCCCGACCACUCCUGACCGGACGCCGUCGCGCACCCCGCGCAAGACCAGAACAGGUUCUACCUCAUCUAGACACAUCUACUCUCAACACUGUUUAAACCAAGGGCCUGACACUCUUUCAUAGAGAAAAGUCUUAUUGCGAUUCCUGUAAGAGGAAAGAGAAAAUAGUGUCAUGCUUUGUCCUUAUAACCGACCGGGUGGCAUCAUAGGUAGGCGAUGGCGAAAUGCCGAAAUUUAUAAGAGUGAAAGAGAAAUAGUACAUUUCGAUGCUAGUGCGGAAAGUAUGUCAUUACUUCACGAGUACCGAGAUAUCGACGAAGACUCGGGACGAGUGAAGAAUGACAUUUCCGCACGUGUAUCGAACGACGUUUUUUAAUACAGUUGCGAAAAAAUAAGAAAAGCAACAAGUAAGGAACGGAAUUCGAAACUUUUAUAUUAUUAAUUCUGUGACAUCAUUGACAUUGACAUUAUGAAGAAGUGUUUUUCUAGCUUUUAUUCGACUAGAAUAGAUUUUGUUAUUAUUAUUGAACCCACUUCAAUGAAAGUUUUUUUUUUCUAAUGCAUGUUCUAUAGUUUUCUAGAAACAAUUGUAAAUAUUAAAACAUUGUACUAUUAUUACCUAAAUAUCGUUAUUUACGAUUAUUUGUGUAUCGUAUAUUUAUAAAAACAAUGUCGAAUGUUGCCUUUGGAAACUUAAUACAUUCUUGCAGUAAGAAAAUACGCCUCUUCUUUGACAGGCGUUCCGUUCCAUUCAGACAACUUAUUAAGAACGGUUUUUCAACAUUAAAAAAUAAACGUGUUAUAAUACUUAUAAUGAUGAAGAGGUAAGUAAUAAAAUAUGAAAUAUGCAUAUUUUUCGUAUUCUUACAUUAACAGUAGGUUUUUAUGUUGAUUACGACGUUUAAAGGAAACUAAUAUUAACACUCAUCAAUAAGUAGUCAUGAAUUGGAACAAGUAAAAAUUUUAAAAAAUUGGAAAAGUAAAAAGCACUAGUUCGCGAAAACCAACUUUCCGCACGCUAAACAGCCACGAAAAGUAGCACUUUUUGAGCAACUGUAUUAAAAAAUCCUUUGCUGCCCAAAUUGUAUAUGUAUAUUCUUUCUCUUACCCCCGGUCGCUCGGUGGCGCGUCUAUAACUACUUAGUAUAUACUAUGUCUAUGAUUUAAAGGAUCUUCUAAAGAGAUUAUACGUUUUUUAAAGAGGUUCUAAGUAUUUGAGAGAGGAUUUAGACCAUCUAAGAAAGUCUUACAUCAUCUAAAAAGUUUUUACACCUUCUCUACAUAGUCAGAAGAGGUUCAGGAGGAAAUACGCAAUCUAAGGCCCACUUGCACCAUCCAGGGUUAGCCACUAACUCGGAGUUAACCGUUAACAAAGGUUGAAAUUGUACUGGUAACUCCGGAUUUAACCGGUUAUCCCCGAGUUAGUGGCUAACCCUGAAAUGUCACCAAAAGAGGUUCUACAUAUUUUGCAGAUUCUACAUCGACUAAAGGAUCAUUUUAGUGUCUGCUGAAGUAUCUCAUAAAAAAAAUUGUGGCGAAUUUUAAGUGUAGGAUGAGUUUAUUUUUCUAUGAUAAAAGGAAUUAAAAAAUACUUCGAAAAAUGCGACACGAUUAAUGAUGUAGAAAGAACACUAAAUAGACGAAAUAGGAUAUAUAACAUAUUUAUGGUACGUACUACGUGGUACUAUGUUAUACAAGUUGCGAGACCCCGAACCCCUGGUAGACAAAAAGGGUCUAUUUCAUUCCGAGUGGUCUGAAUAUUAUAAACAAAAACUGGUUUUAAGAAAUUUAGCUUAAUAAGAUAGCACAAAAACUUUGUUAUAAUCUGUUUAUUGACUAAAAACAUAUAAAAUAACAUUAACAAAACUUUGUAUAAAAUGUAUAAACAUAGGAAUAAAACUUUAUUAAAACUGAAAGUGAUAAC